AUGCCUCAAGUGACCAAAAAGACUCUGCCACUGGCUGCUUGUAAAUAAGAAAUAUUUUUGAAUCUACAGCAUAGUAGUAAUGCCUUCUUAGGGAACUUCUUCUACAAUGCGAAGCAAUUUAUAGCUGUAAACAAAUUAGUUUAGUGGACACAGCAAUGAACUGUCAUCAAAGAAAAAAGUACUGUUAUGUGAGAGAAUGCUUUAUUGUUGAUGUUGAAACUUUCUGGUGUUGUGUUUUGGCUGUUAUUUCCAGGGUCCUGAAAAUAAUUUUGAUGAUAUCGAUUUUAUAUAGAAUGCCUGUCGCCAUAAUGCCUGUUACCGAAGCUGCGGCAAAGGGUAAAGAAGAAAAGCAUGAGCUACGAACAGCUCCAUUUGAUCCAAGAUUCCCAAAUCAAAAUCAAACAAAGUACUGUUACCAGAGCUAUCUCGACUUUCAUCGUUGCAGAGCUCUGAAGGGUGAGAACUAUGAGCCGUGUGAUUAUUUCAGGAGGGUAUUCAAAUCCAUUUGUCCUAAUGCGUGGAUUGAAAAAUGGGACACACAACUUGAAGAGGGCAGAUUUCCUGGAAAAAUUCUGUAAUGUGUGUGUGCGUAUGCCCUGAGGCACGAAAUGACAGUUUUUCCUGUAGUGUUGUUGUAAUGGUUAAUAAUGCUUUUGUAAAUGGAUCAUGUAAAUACAUUGAUAAAAUAUGCUUGAGAAGAUGGUAAUGAGUGUUUAAAAUGUUCUUCAAAUUUCAUAAACUUUAGUGUAUAUAAUAAAUUGUCCCUGACAGUUGAAAAUGUGGUAAUGAACAAUUAAAGCUGUUUGUUACUUUUCA